AUGUCCACCGAAAUGGAACUCGACACAAAACCCCCAGCCGAAGAAGAAAAUAAUCCACCCUCACCCGUUAAUCCCAAACCCUCCACCACCAGCACCACUAACGCCAACAACAACGCAGAAGCCAAAACCGGCGAAGACGCCGUCGCCGUCCGCAGCAUCGAAGGCUGGAUCGUGAUCGCGACAAACAUCCACGAAGAAGCUUCCGAGGAGGACAUUACGGAUCUCUUUGCCGAGUAUGGAGAUAUUAAGAAUUUGCAUUUGAAUCUUGAUCGGAGGACUGGUUAUGUAAAGGGCUACGUUCUGAUCGAAUAUCCUACACAAGCAGAGGCUUCGGCUGCGAUCAAGGCGCUGAAUGGUACGAAAUUACUUGAGCAGACGAUUUCGGUUGAUUAUGCUUUUGUGAGACCGCCUGCGAAGGAUAAGUCGAGAGGGGGACGACAGGGUAAUAAUAGGAAUCGUGGACGGAGUCGCAGUCGCAGUAAGAGUCGCGAUCGAAGUCGGAGUCUGAGCAGGAGUAGGAGUAAGAAUAGGGUGAAGAGUCGAAGUCCUGAUGCUCGGAUGGAUUGA